CUGGCCAUCAGUUACAAACCUGUUGAUGUUCCUAUUUGUUCAGGUAAUCACUAUGAAGGUCAGGACAAUCAACCUUGCGGCUCUUCCCUACCCGGAGAUACUGCUCAUCUCAUUUCUGAAGCCAUUUCUGUAAAUAGUGCUUACAACUCUAUGGUAGUUGAACCAACAAAGGCUGGUGAACAAGUCCAACAACUUGGAAAUAAGACCGAAUGUGGUUUGCUGGGAUUUGUCCAAAGAUUAGGUGGAGAUUACGCCACCAUCAGAAAGAAAUUUCCAGAAGAGUCAUUUGCAAAGGUCAGUUUUCUCAGCUACAUAUGGUGA